CGAUUUGCAGACAAUUUGAUUAGAUAACAAUGAUGUCGAUGGUUUGUUGAGUCUAUAAAAGUGUAUUUCUAUUUAGUGUUAAAAGGCAACUUGAGUUCUGAUCCAAAAUCAAACUACACAUUCGGAAAUAAGUUGACUCGGUGAGAAUGAAGUUUUCAAUUUGUCUGCUUCUGUGUUGCUUGUGCGGUAUCAAUGCGUCUCUACGCAAAGAUGAGACAAAUUACGGGAAUUUUGAGAAAGGGCUGAUUUAUGGCAUGGAGCAAGUUCAAGUUCAAAUGGCUGAUACCGAAUAUACGACCCAUGAGUUCAAAUUUCCAAAGCGUCCAAAUAAAACCCGAAUUAUUGUUGGUGUUAAGCAUAUCGACUACCACCCGACGACCGAAAUUGAAUUUGUAGAAGGAUGGAUUGGUGACCAUCAAAUGACCAUUCGUCUAACGGCCCAAAGACAUUCAAUUAACUCAACUUUCGUUUUCUACAGUUUACGGACCGCAAUUAAAGGCAUUAAACUACCAUGAGAACAUAUUUUUGGUCAAAUUCUUCUCUGUAUACAAUAAAAUAAAUUUGUUCAUAAA